UUCGAGCCCGACCCCCCUAACGUCUACGUUGUGAGACGUUCAAGAUCAUCCUCCCAUUGUAGCUGGCUCCGCCAGCAUUCUAGGCUUAUACCGACCUGUGGGCCUACUCUCUCAAACGAACGCCGCAAGGUUCGUUUGGGCGGCAGUCAGUGCUCCGCAGCUACAGCCUCUUGCCUCUGCAGCCGACAGUUGAUAUCGCGACGAGCCCUCCCCUCCCCCUCCCCCGUAGCACCGUCCGCUCGCCUCCCGGGUUCCUGGUACGGAGAUGAUCAACCUCGACGUUCCUACCAACUAUACAUUUUCGCCAUCUGAGGGCACCCCCCAUUUGACAAUCAAUCAUGAUGUUGCUGCAGAUCUCGAUUCCACCAAUGCUUUUGAAGGCCCGGAGAAACUCCUCGAGGUCUGGUUUGCUCCCAGCCCCAAGGCUCUGCCGCCCGGCGUCAAGCAAGACGGCCUGAAGUCCGUCUGCAGUGACGCUUGGGUGGGUAUGCUCGACAUGGUCAAUUGCAAGAUUCUCUCCGUUCUCGAAUCGGAGGACGUGGAUGCCUAUCUGCUCUCGGAGUCCAGCAUGUUUGUCUUCCCACACAAGCUGAUCCUCAAGACUUGCGGAACUACUACUCUCCUCCUCGGUCUCCACCGACUUCUCCGAAUCGCCGCCGAGCAUGCCGGGUUCCCUUUCCACAACGCCAAGUCUCUGGGUGAUGUUCGUGCUGCCGCUUCGCCGUAUCGGGUGUUCUAUUCGCGCAAGAACUUCCUCUUCCCCCACAAGCAGCAUGGGCCUCAUCGCAGCUGGAAGCAGGAAGUUAAGUAUCUCGACGACAUGUUCGAGGGAGGAAGCGCCUACAUGGUCGGCAAGAUGAACGGCGAUCACUGGUAUCUUUACAUCACCUCGCCGGCGAGAACCUUGACGCCCCCUCUCACGCCCAAUACCGAGAAGACGUCGGCGCGCUUCCCUAGCGUGUCCAAAAUCCCCACCGGGUUGGCUCCCGCCUACCACGACGGAUUCGGAGUGAACGACGAAACCUUGGAGAUUUUGAUGACGGACCUGGACCCCGAGAAUGCGAAGCAGUUCUACCUAGAGCAUGCGAGUGCGGUCGCGAGCACUAGGUUCUCUGAGCAAGCUCGGGCGGCGCGACAGGCCGUUGCGGAGAGUUUUGGCGACUUGUCCUCUAGUACUGGCACGAUCAAGACUAUGAGCACGGCUGAAAGCGCCUCGGACGAUACUUUCGACGUGUUUAGCAACGGGAGCGAUUCCGACCUCCACGACAACCACACGCCACCGUCUGAACAGGCGGAUAUGGAAUACCUCACCACCGAGGGCCACGCUCUCGGAACGGUUGUCUCGGAAGAAUGCGGCCUCUCCGAUGUAUACCCCGCUUCCGAAUACCCUGACGCCCGUAUCGACGCGUACCUCUUCACGCCGUGCGGCUUUUCCGCGAAUGGAAUUAUCCCGGCCACGCAGGCACCAGGGAGCGACGAAGGCGCUAAGCCCGCCCAUUACUUCACCGUCCACGUCACGCCGGAACCAGUUUGUUCCUUCGCUUCAUUCGAGACCAACGUUCCCGGUGGCCAGAACGGGCGUGAGACUUCGGAAAUCAUCGAGCACGUAGUCCAAAUCUUCAAGCCCGGCCGAUUCAGCGUUACCCUCUUCGAGACCAAGACGGCGCUCCCCCACAGCGAUUACGGGGUCUCCGACAGGGUCGGUCGUGUUAAACGGACGGAUAUCCCCGGGUAUCGGCGUGUCGAUCGUAUACUGCACGACUUUGACGACUACGAACUAGUGUUUCGGUUCUACGAGCGGGAGGACUGGGCUGGCGGGAGCAGUCCCCGCGUCGGAGAGGAGAUGUGAGUUCUCGCUGGAGUUCUCUAGGCGGAGUCCACUCUUUGUCGGUCAAUUUCGUCAUCGUCGAAUAUGCGUAUUCCUCUAUUAAGGAUCUGUUCAUGAGGAAAGCUGGAGGGGUACAGACUCAAAACGGAGACUGGUCCUUGUUAUUCCGUUCGAUCUACAGUCACAAUUUGUUUAUUAAGCAGGCUGCUACGCCGUAAUCUACGCUCGUUCUCACCCAGUAGCCGAGGCUCCAGAAGCCAACCUGAUCAUGCACAACGCAACUCUAAGGCGACUUGACGAAAAUACACGUCUAGCCCACUUCACGCCUAUUCGCUGUAUGGGUCCAGGUGAGUUGUAUCAUGACUGUAGGAAUAGACACUCCCGAUAAGAGUCGUCAACAACAUAGAAUGCCGAAAGUGGUUGCGUGAGAAUCGAUAGUUUUAAAGCGUAUCCUCGUUUCCAUGUACC